AUUCUAUGGCAAGAUGAAUUCGUAUGAUAUCUUUCGAAAGCUCACGAGGGGAAUGAGAUUUGAUCAUAACAGAUUUAAAGGAGAUCUAAAAAAGAUAGGGGUCUGUAAAACAAAAGAUGAUGACCAAAGCAGCGUGACAGUGAAUGAGACCAAAGAAAAGGAAGAAGAGGCAGUUGACGAGCCUGAAUCCAACGAAGAAGACCCAGAUGAGGAUGAUGUUGAUGCAGAUGAGGAAGGCAAAGUAAGCAUGCUGUCUGAUAUCCAGAUUGGAGGAUCAGAAGCAACUGAGAGGAAAGAAAAGAAAAAGAAAGUAAUCAGUAAAGAGAAACAGCUUCGAAUCCACCAACAGCAGGUUAAUCAUCAACGAAAUAAGCUUGGCAUCUCAGUAUGGGGAACCGACGUUCCUGAUCCAGUGGAGACUUUUGAUGACAUGAUCGUGAAGCACAAGCUAAGUGAGGUACUAGUGAGUAAUCUCCUGAAUCAAGGCUACUCAGAACCCACUGCAAUCCAGAAGCAGGCGUGGCCACUCAUGCUGCAAGGACGGGAAAUUCUGGGAUGCGCCCCAACAGGCUCAGGCAAGACAGCGGCUUUUCUCGUGCCCAUUCUGAAUCAGCUCGGUGGCCCUCAGAGGAAGGGUUUCCGUGCUGUAAUUCUAGCACCUACCAGAGAGUUGGCCAAACAGACUUACAGAGAGUGUACAAGGCUGUCUGAGGGCCUUGGGUUACGUGUGCACAUCAUUAGUAACGUGAACAAAGCAAAAGAAAAGUUUGGGCCAAAGUCUGCAAAAAAAUUUGACGUAUUGGUGACGACCCCAAACCGCCUUGUAUUUCUCCUGCAAGAGGAUGAUACGCCACCAAUUGACUUAGCCAAUGUGGAGUGGUUGGUUGUUGACGAGAGUGAUCGCCUCUUUGAGGGUGGAGCACGAGGAUUCAGGGAUCAGUUAGCUGCAGUAUAUCGUGCAUGCACUGGACCCAAUAUCAGACGGGCUCUUUUCUCGGCUACAUUUUCUCACGAGGUUCAACACUGGUGUAAAUUGAAUCUCAAUAAUGUUGCCAUGGUUACAGUAGGCAUAAGAAAUACAGCAUGCGAAGAUGUGAAACAAGAGUUGGUGUUUUGUGGAAAUGAAACUGGAAAAAUUCUGGCACUGCGUGAUAUAUUCCGAAAGGGAUAUGAACCUCCAGUGCUAGUAUUUGUGCAGACCAAAGAGCGAGCGAAAGAACUGUUCAAGGAGCUGAUUUACGACAACCUGAUGGUGGAUGCCAUUCAUGCAGAUCGAACACAGCUGCAGCGUGAUAAUGUUGUACGGGCAUUCAGAGAAAGAAAAGUCUGGGUUCUGAUAUGCACAGAACUCAUGGCCCGUGGUAUUGACUUCAAGGGGGUGAACCUUGUCAUCAACUAUGACUUCCCUCCUUCAGCAAUCAGUUACAUUCACAGAGUAGGAAGGACUGGCAGAGCUCAUCAUCAAGGAAGAGCGGUCACAUUCUGGACAAUGGCAGAUAAGCCAUAUCUGCGGAGCAUUGCCCUAGUAAUGCAUAACUCUGGCCAACAUGUUCCUGAAUGGAUGCUUGAAAUGAAGAAGGCGACAAAGAAUGAGAAAAAGAAGCUAUCAGCUAAACAUCCAGAGCGUGGACACGUAUCUCAAGGGGUUCUGUAUGAGAAGCUACAAAAGAGGAAGAUGAAACAAAUGAAAGACAAAAGCAAAAGGAUGAAAAUGAUGAAUGGAGGAGCUAUGCAGAAAGAGGAAGAGGAAAGUGGUGAUAAUGACAUAGUAGACAGUGCAGAUACGUGGCAACGUAGUGGAAAAAAUGCAAUGUUGAUCAGGGUAACGAAAGAGGGAAGUCUGAAUGAAUGUUUUUGUUGACUGUAAGUGCACAACGGAAUAGAAUAUGAAUUUGUAAAUAAU